UUCAAUACAGAUAUAUACGCAAUUGGUUUCGAAAGCGUUGGACUAAGAUAAAAAUUUCAACACUGUUUUUUGAAAAUUUUGGAAUUGCAAGACCUGUGUCAAUGCCUAAAAAUCCAGAAGGAGUAUCAUCGGUUGCUGAAAUUGCUGAAUUUCAAAAAAUUCGUUUAUGGGAAAAAAUGGAGUAUAUAUAUAGGAUAUCAAUUGAGAUUAUAGCAGAUAAUAUUCAUAAAUAUAUUGGCCAAUUAAACAAAGAAGAUACAAUACGUCUUCUUAAAGUUAGUCUUAUUAAGUUAUGGAUUUCUCAAUAUACACCACUAAUGACUGAAAGCUCAUUUGCAAUAGGUCAGAAUGGUUUUUCACGAGAACAACUUGAUAUUAUGUACGGACCUGAUUUUAUUGAUGCAUGGAUCAAAUUUACAUUGUCAUUAGAACCAUAUGAAUUUACUCCAGAUGAAAUGAAAUCAAUUGGUAUAAUUGCUUUAUUUAACCCAAUACCUGGUUUGAUUGACCCUGAAGGUUGCCCUGUUGAGGUAAAUUUGGUACCUCCUGCAUUACUUCAUCAUAAACUUAGCACGUUUUCAAGACCUCCACUUCUACGUUUCAUUGCUCAACAUACUAAACGUUGA